AGAAGAAGAAGAAAAAAAAUUGUUUCGCUUAUUCAGUGUAUCAGCCUAAGGCGUGGGCUGCGGUUCACGCGCUUAAGUCACAGAUAUCCAUAGCUGCUGUUAUGUUAGUUCACUAUAAAUGUAAACAGGUAACGUGAGUAAUCAUAGCUUUGCGUGUCAUCUUUUUCAAUUCAGAUGAAGUCUCAGUUCAACAGGUGGACGCGAGUAACUUUCAGAGAAAUUAAACGCCCUUUUGGCGCCCUCGUGGCGUCAGCAGAAAUAGCUGAUCUCGCUUGACGCAACAUCACUUUUAUUGUCAUAAUAUUUUCACUCCAUAUCUCUGUUCCUCGGAAAUAUUGCGUCAUUGCACUAUGCCGACUUUCUAAAAGGCUAGUAUUGUGGACAUUGGACUUUGGACACAUGAAACUACAUUCUAAUCUCUUAUUGCUUUCAUACUCCUGAGGGAAAUGGGGAACGGAAUAUCAGAGCAACACAACUUUCUCUCCAGUCUUCCGUUCUAUAAUUCUCUGCACAUCGCUAUUCUGGGUCUGGACUCUGCAGGCAAAACCACUGUGCUGUACCGUCUCCAGUUCAAUGAGUUUGUCAAUACUGUCCCUACCAAAGGUUUCAAUGCAGAGAAAGUCAAAGUAUCUGUUGGGGAUUCACGAACAGUGAAUUUUCACUUUUGGGACAUUGGUGGCCAGGAGAAAUUGCGUCCUCUCUGGAAGUCUUAUACUCGCUGCGCGGAUGGUAUUGUGUUUGUCGUUGACUCUCUGGACUCCGAGAGAAUGGAAGAGGCUAAAACAGAGCUUUACAAAAUUGCCCGCUCCUCUGAAAACCAAGGAGUGCCUGUGUUGAUUAUUGCUAACAAGCAGGACUUAAGACAGGCUCUGUCGCUAUCACAGAUAGAGACCAUGCUGGCACUCAAUGAACUGGGACCCACCACGCCAUGGCACCUGCAGCCAACCUGUGCUAUCAUUGGUGAUGGACUCAAAGAGGGACUAGAAAAACUUCAUGACAUGAUCAUAAAGCGAAGAAAAAUGAUCAAACAGCAAAAAAAGAAAAAAUAGGAGGUAUAUGCAUUAUAUGCAUAGAAAAUAUACUGCAAACUGUCAUUUGUAUGUGCCCAAAGUUGGUUAGUACCGAUGAGCACUUUAGUUUGUUUACUUUCUUGUUGUUUACCACUUUAGUUGUUUACUGUCUGUCUGACAUUUUUCCUAAAAUAUAUAAAACUUGUCACACUGAAGAAAUAUUCUUAUUGAAAGUUUUAUUUAGUGUUUAUUCACAAUAAAAUAACUUUCUGUUUAUUCUAAAUGGUCACCUAUAAUACUUACCCCAAUUGAGACUUUGCUAAUAAUGUGAAUUUUUUGGAGUCAGGCAUGUUUCCUCAUGCCAUCAAGUUUAAAGUGCACUCAGUAAUUUUUGUUUAUGUUGCAAUGGCUUACUGUAUGUGGCUGUCAUUUUGGUUUUUAGUUACAAAUACCAUUGUAGAUAUUAGGGAGGGGUAUUUUCAAGUAAUUUUGUAGUCACAUGCUCUAACCCACAAAAAAUGAUUACACAAAAAU